UCAAGAAGAGUGUACUAAUAAAAUAGAAAUAAGUAGAAGAUAGAAUAAAGAGAAAAUAAUCACCGAAAAAUGGGUGACAAGAUGAAGAAAAUCGCUAUGGCCAGCCUCUCGUCCAUCCUCCUGGUGGCCAUGGUCUUGCCCUUGGCGACUGGCGACAGUCCCACCAACUCCAACAAGGCGGCGCAUGCCCUUUGCACCUCCGUGGACUACAAAAUAACCUGUGAGAAGAGCCUGUCCGGUGCCAACAGCUCCGACCCUCAGGAGCUUAUAAAAGUAGCGUUCAACCACGCCAUCACAGACAUCCAGGAGGCCAUCAAGAACUCCACCCUAUACAAACAAGCCGCCUUGGAUCACAGAACCAAAGGGGCCCUUGAGGUGUGUGAAGAAGUGCUCGACACCUCCAUCGACGACUUGAGGAGAUCCUUUGACAGAGUCGGCAAUUUAGACAUCACCAAGCUCAAGCAGUACAUCGAAGAUGUCAAGGUAUGGCUAAGUGGUGCCAUCACCAACCAUGAGACGUGCCUCGACGCCUUCCAGAACACCACAGGUGAUACUGGAGAGAAAAUGAAGAAUCUGCUCCAUUCUUCGGGCAUGAUGUUGAGCAAUGGCCUGGCGAUGGUGGGCGAUAUCUCCUCGAUUUUUUCGUCCUUAUCGCUGGGAGGAUUCACUAGCCGAAGGCUCCUCGAGGAAGAAGGUAGCCUUGCAUACGGUGUGGAUCAAACGGACGGGGAAGACCCCAAGACUGCCUUUGAUGGAAAAGUAACUGACGCUGCUGGUCCUCCUUCUUUCGUUGACGCUGAGGCCCGGAGGAUAAUGACAGCCAAUGUGAAUACGUUAAAGGCAAAUAUUGUGGUGGCGCAAGAUGGGAGCGGUCAGUUUAAGACCAUCACGGGAGCUAUCAAUUCCUUGCCAAAGAAGGGCGAUGGCCCGUUCGUGAUUCAUGUAAAGGCUGGUUUUUACAAAGAGAAUGUUAUCUUUCCAAAGAAGGUUAACAACGUGGUGUUGAUCGGAGACGGGCCAUUGAAGACCAGAAUCAGCGGCAGCAAGAACUACGUAGAUGGAGUUCAAACCUUCCACACUGCCGUUCUUGGCGUGAAUGGAGACGGGUUCAUCGCCAAGGACAUCGGCAUCGAGAACACCGCCGGACCCAUUAAGCACCAAGCAGUGGCCGUUCGUGUAUCCGGCGACAAAUCCAUCUUUUACAACGUCCACAUGAAUAGCUUCCAGGACACUCUCUACGCCCACGCCUACCGUCAGUACUACCGCGACUGCACCAUCACCGGUACCAUUGACUUUAUCUUCGGCGACGCUGCGGCCGUUUUCCAGAAUUGCCAGAUGAUAGUCCGCAAGCCGUUGGCAAACCAGGGAUGCAUGGUCACAGCCCAAGGCCGCAAGGAACGCCGCAGCACUGGCGUCACGGUGAUCCAGAACUGCCACAUCUUGGCCGAGCCUGCGUUCCUCAGCACUAAACCUCCAGUGAAAGCUUACCUCGGACGUCCCUGGAAGCAGUUCUCCAGGACCAUCAUCAUGCAAACCCUCAUUGACGGGUUCAUUGCACCAGAGGGGUGGGCACCGUGGGAAGGAAAUUUUGCACUCGACACACUGUACUACGGGGAGUUCAAGAACCGUGGACCAGGGUCGGAUAUGUCGAGGAGGGUCAGAUGGAAGGGCAUCCAGACUAUUACUCCAGCAAUUGCUGAGAGCUUUACUCCCGGAAGACUGUUUGCAGGUGAUGAAUGGGUCAGACAAUCCGGAGUUCCUUAUGUUGCUGGCAUGGUCUAGGUCUUCAUGUGCUCUACCUGCUUAUAAUUUUGUCAGCUUUUGCUCGAUGUAAUUUUUAGUUUUGUCUAGAAAAAGAGUCCCGUCAACUUAAUUCGACUCGACUCCAUUAAUAAGUAGCUCUAAGUUGGUCGUCCUCAUAUGUGACGGCAUUUAGGAUUAGAAUCGAUCAAGCUCAUUUGUUUAAUUCAUAAUUUUUUAAUUGAUUUUGUAAGAAGCUUCCAUGUACUUUAACCUACGUGAGAAUGAAAUAGAUUAUAUGUUAUUUUAA